AUGGCAAACAGUCAAUGCGAUGAACCACCAAGCCUUCGCCAGGAGGAAGGCAAUCUUCCUCCAGGGACUUUUCUUUUGAUCAGGGAUGAUGACGCAGAGAAUCAUGGACAACGUCGGAUCCUACUCAGUCCGGUGCCCACCAGGGAUCCCAAUGAGCCAUUGAACUGGAGUACAGCGCGGAAGGCAUGCAACUUUACUCUGGUGCUGGCGGUGACAGCGCUGAUAUUCACCGCACUCACGAUCCAGGCCAUCUUUUGGCAGUUGAUGGUCCCUGACCUGCAAGUAACUUAUACCCAGCUCAACUGGGCCCUGUCAGUUAAUUUUGUCGGUCUUUCAAUGGGAUGUGUGGUAUUCAUUCCGCUGGCGAAGAAAUUCGGACGAAGACCUGUGUACCUGGUUUCGACCGCGUUGAUGCUGGUGACGUCUUUCUGGAUAUCAAGAUUGGAGAGCCUCACGGAGCUGUAUAUCGCCAACUUGCUUCAGGGACUCGCCGGGGCGACAAAUGAAUCGAUUGUUCAGAUCACGAUCGCCGAUCUCUUCUUCGUACAUCAUCGCGGAGGAAUGAAUGCUCUGUACAUGACUAUGGUGAUGAUUGGGAGCUUCCUCUCUCCCAUGGCGGCUGGGACUCAAGCAACACGACAAGGCUGGCGGGCAUGCUAUCGGACAAUGGGCAUCUGCAAUGUGAUUCUUUUCGUUCUGUUCAUGUUUCUCUACGAGGAGACCAAGUACUCCAAGGUGAUUGAAGGCGUGAGCGCGUCCGCGGGACCUGUUGGGGAUGCUCAGCAGGUUUCCGUGGACAGUUUCAAGGCGGAUCGCAAGUCCGAUCUCGAAUGUCCUGCGAGUAGAGUGGGAACCAAUACGGCAGGGGACCAUGAACUUGAUCACACCAUCCCCAUGAAGACCUGGAGACAGAGGCUCAGUCUGUGGACCUACACCCCGGAGCCGAUCUGGCCGUACUUUUAUCGUCCGUUCAUGGUGCUAACAACGUUCCCUGCCGUCCUGUUCUGCGCCGUGCAGUAUGCCUGCGGCAUAGCGUUGCUAACCAUCAUGGCGAGUGUGAUCUCUUUGGUGUUUCCUAUGCCUCCUUACUUGUUCACUGCACAGCAGGUUGGAUUCAUGAGUAUCGGCCCGUUCGUUGGCAACUUGAUUGGGUCGUUCUACGGGGGAUUUUUUGGGGAUCGGUCGAUCUUGUUCUUUGCACGGCGCAAUAAGGGCUACUACGAGCCGGAGAUGCGUCUAUACAUUCUUCAUCUUCCUGCCUUAGCCUUUUGUGGGGGCCCAAUCAUGUUUGGGGCCACAGUUGUCAGGGGCAUGCACUGGAUCUGGCCGAGCAUCGGCGGGGCACUGUUUGGGUUUGGACUGGGCAGUAUUGGCGAUGCAGCUUUGACGCUGGUGAUUGACAGCUAUGUUGAUAUCACCGGAGAUGCCUUCACAGGCGUUGCGUUUCUACGCAACGCCAUCAGCAUUGGAGUUCCCUUUGGUAUCUCCCCUUGGAUGCAGCGGAGCGGUCUGACCAACAUGUUCAUCGCCUGCGGCUUUAUCGGUCUGGCGAUCACCAUGACCAUCAUCCCGAUGGUGAUGUAUGGGAAAAAGACUCGGGUGAGGACCGCAGGUCGAUAUCGAUUGAUGGCCGCUCAACAGGGCCAAUGA